UUCGCUUUCUGCUUCUCUGCCUGGCUGCUCUGCACCAGCAUCCCUUUUUGUGCCUGUCUCUCCCAUGCUCCAUCCAGCACUCGUCCAGCCUAUGUCCCCCGUCAGUGUGGCUUGCUGGCUGGUGUGCUUUCUUGACUGAUACCGCUGCUGGUAGAGUGUUGAGGCUGUCGGGCACCACAGCAUGUCGCCAAACAGCUGCUGCUCUGCCUUUUUUUUAAUUUGCUCAUUUGAUCACCACUGUGACUGCUGACAGAAGACAGGACGAGAGAGAGAGAGAGAGGGAGAGUGGGACACAAACAGGGGGCAGGGGCGUGUAUUCUCCAGCCUGGACAUAACUCGUUGUGCUUCCAUCCUGGGAUAGGAGGGGAAAAGAGGGUGGGACUGAAAGCAGGACCACCUUGCUCCAAAAACCUAUAAGACAGCCGCAAUUUGUUCUUGCCUAAAUUCAACUGUAAAAAAACAGUACAACAUUCAGAAUUGGGACACACACAAGGACUCGGACAAGAUAGGUGGUGUCAUGGCGUCAUUGGACAACACUGGCUGGAGUGUGCCAGGUCUGCUAGUUGCACUGCUGCUGGUCUUUGAUUCAGGUGUACUUCACGUUCGUGGACUGGAGGUGUCAACAGGAAAAGUGUCAUCAAUUGAGGCAAUGAACGGCUCCACGGUGCUGUUGCCGUGUACGUAUUCCUCGUGCAUUGGCAUUCACAAGCUCACAUUCAGCUGGCAUUAUAACAACAAUGGCACAAUGACCAAGUUAUGCAAGGGGGUGGUUCCUAGCGAGGGUGUGGAGCCCAAGGUGAAAGUGGAACACGAUCGAGUAGAAUUUGUGGGUUCUUCAAAGAGCCACAAUAUCUCCAUCCUGCUUUGGAACAUCACCUUUGAAGAUGAGGGAGAGUACACCUGUUUUGCGAAAAACCCAAAAGAGAAGUACCGCAACCACAGCGCUAUCUUCACUCUCAGAGUGGUGGAUCAAAUGAGAGAGGUUGAUAACACUUUAACUGUCAUCAUUGUCUCUGUGUUGGGCGGAGUCAUUGGCUUAGUUAUCAUUGUUAUGGUGAUAAAGGCCUUGGUGGUCCAAUUCCUGCUAAAAGAUGAUGAGAAGAAUAAAGAGUGCCUGGUUAAUGCCUCAGGGAACGACAAUACCGAAAAUGGACUUACAGGAGCCAAAGCUGAAAACAAAGGAACACCAAAGGCAUGAGCAAGAAGGCAGCAGCGUAUGUCUGUAUGCUUGUAUAUGUGUUAUAACAAAUGUACACUAUCAAUGAAUGAACUGUCUUCUCUUGUUGCUACAUAGUAAACCAUGCAAAUGCACAGUUAAAACAUGGCUUGAAUUAGAAAACGUCUGCAGAAGGCUGGGUCACUUUUGUCUACGUGGCAGCGCAUUUGUCUGUAUUAUCCAACUCUGCACGCUUAAAUUCAGUAUUUUUGGAUUGAACUUGAUCAGCAUACUGUAUAUUCUUUUCCCCAAUUAGUUUAUAGCUAAUAUGAAACCUAAACAUUAAUCAAACAGAGAAAAGAUGCUCAAAUUGGUGGAAAAAUGGAUUGGAAUAAUUGAAGAGCACAAAAUGGCUGAGAUGCCUCUCUCAAACCAGCAUUUUAAUUUAAAAAAAAAUAUAUGCUCUGAGCAGCUGAAUGGAACACGUGGGUAGCAAGUGUGCCACACAGUCGAAGAUUCUGGGUUCGAAUCUUGGCUCAGACAUUUGAGUGAGGAGUUUGCAUGUUUGCCACACCAGCAUGGGUUUUCUUUGUGUACUACCACAUUCCAAAAAAAACAUGCAAGUCCAGUUAGUUGAGUAAUCUAGGCUAGUUUACAGCUCACAAUUGACCUAUGUAAUACGCAAUAGAAAAUAAUAAUAAUAAUGGAUAAAUGGAUGGAUUGAUAAUGUAUUUGUUAUGUGAGUCCUUUUCUUCAAAGGACUCACAACGUUUUGUUUUUGUUUUUCACAACUAACAAGCCGUAGGUUUUAAUUAUUACUCUCCUGGAAUUCCGAAAUUCAUAUUAGAAUGUCAAAAACCAGGUUCAGUUCAGGUCAUUAAAAUCAAAAGCAGAUUUGACUGAAUACAGACUAGCUGACAACAAGGCUUCCAAUGAGGCAAAUGAAUGAUCCAGUUCUUCUCAGUUAUUUUAUUUUUAACAUUUUUUGGUUUUCGCUUUAGAUUAUGAAACACAGGUGCCUGCUCUGCUUUUGCUCCCUCUGUUGGCCGGAGGAUUAAAUCACAGAAAAUUAUUUUGGGGGGGAAAGUAUUAAAACACUAACCCUGAUCCAAGACAAUCCCAAGACUACACAGCUCCCUAAAGAGAAUGAAGUGAAUGAUGCUGCUUCUGACUUAUCAAAAGAUUGUUUUUUUUAAGCAUGCAUAUAUUUUAAAAAACGCCACACAUGUACAGUAUUUGUUGUCUACGACACAGGAGGAACGUUUGUAUGAAUUCAUGAAGUUGUAAAAUGACCGUUCAUAUAAACCUUGGCUAUCAACAAGCAAGUUAGGGUGACAGCAAACAAUUGGAACAAUUGAAAUAGUUUGUUCAGUUACAGAAUAUUACUAAAGUAAUAUCAUGGCUUUAUGAGAAUAUAGUCAGAAUAAUGUAAUAUUACGAGAUUAAUUAUGGAAUUAAGUUGUUACAAUAUAUUACAAGACAGAAGGCAUAAUAAUUGAAAAUUGUGUAAUUUGGGAAACAUACAGUACCUGCAUUAAAUGACACUUAAGGAUAAGUUUCACAAAAAGUAAAAGUUUUUGGCACAUCGACCCCAUCAUCAGUAUGAACAACUAAAUCUGUGAACUACAGCAACUGAAAUCUCCUCUUUUUUUCCUCAUUUAACAGUAUUGUUUAUAAUAAAUAGUAAAUAAUAAAUAUAUAAAGUUAAACUUUAUUGUCAAAUUAGUCCGACUUUUUUUCUAAAUAAAUAACUUCAUUCAUGUUACAUUGCAAAAAAAAUUCUUAUUCUGACAUCAUUCUGGUAACUUUAUGACUUUAUUCUUGUAACUGUACAACUGUAGUCUUGCAAAAUUCCAACUUCAUUCAAGAAAUGUUAUGACUUCAUUCUGGUUACGUUGCCACUUUAUUUUCAAAAUAUACUGUAACCUUUCUUCUCAUUACACAUUUUUCUUGUCAGUGUUGCUCUAAUACACAUUGGUAAAAAAAUAAUAAUAAUAACAUUUAAAAAAAAGAGGAGGUAUGUCCACCAGUAAAAAAAGGACAAAUUUAUUUCAUUUCAUUUUUAAGAAUAAAGGAUUUUAGAAUGUCACUUAACUAUAAUAACUUAAAUAAGUGGAAAGGGAUAGAUUUAGUGCCAUCCUGCUAUUAGCUCCUUCACGUUGUGCCCUCUAUGCAACGCUACCAGAGGUUAUUUGAGAAGUUGUCAUACAUGACCUGCCACACACCCUCACACAUACCUAGGAUAGAUGGGACAGCUGAGUGCUACACACACACACACACACACACAUGCUCACGCGCACACACACACACACACACACACACGGUCACAUACCAGAGAGUGGUACACAGGCCUUGCACACAAACAAUACUGCACUUUACCACUGUUCCGAGUGGCUGCACAAAUCAACAUUAAAUCAUUUUUUUAUGAUAUUAUAUAACAAUUAGAAAACAAUCAAAAAGUCAGGAAAUUAAACUCGUCGUGUUUCAGUUAGCUAUGGGUCAACAGCCAUGCGUUUGUUUUAUCGUUCACAUAGUUCACUCAGGCCAGCUUACUUAGUUGUUCUAUUUUCCUUCUUGCUUUCAAAGGAAGCAAUAAUAUAGACUUUAUAAUGCAAUAACAUGUUCAAGGGCACUUUAAAAUGUUUCGGGACGAAGGCACUGCCCAUUAUAGGCACUGUGGUAAAGCGACUCAGUGGGCCGAUGCAUUGAACAUAUUUUUACCUGGCAUAUUUGCAUUGUAUUCCAUACAUACUGAUUACUAUUUUUCCUGCUCAUUCCACAACACUGGUGAUCCCUCACUUUACUUGAGAAAAUAAAACCCUACAAUGAAUACAGAUCUACAGAUAGCGCCAUUGUAUCUACUGUAAUACGCAAUGUAAUCAAUCCCCUUAAAGAAAACAUUGUCUAAUUCUUACAGUUAUAGCUUUAUCUCAUUGAAUGUAUCUAGCGAUGAAUGUCAAAAUGCAAUAUCACAAAGUCUCGUGUUCUCUCACUUUUCAUAGAUACAAUUGGACAAAUAUAUUGGGACACAUUUUUCAAAUAUUGUCCCCGAAAUCUCGUUUUUUUUUUUUCAAUUUACCAAACAUUAUGGGUAUUUCCAUGCAUCCAACUUCCAAAAAAAAAAACUCACAGACACGAAAUCUUGUAAAAAGUCUUCCCAAAAGAGUGGAAGCUGUUAGAGUAGCAAAUGUGGGACUAAAUCCACAUUGAAGGGCAAGGUGUCUCAAUACAUAUAUAAUGUACAUACUUUAACUUUACUUUGGUAACACACAUAAUUCAUACAGUAUAACAAAAGUCUGAUUUCAAAUGUUCCUUCAUUGUGACAGCUUUCCAAACAAAACCGAAGAUGCCAUUUGUAUGUAGAAGCUGAUUAAACACUCGAGUGUAACAGUAAUAGCAGGUUUUGCAAUUACAGUGUUAUACCUUUUGUGUGUGAUAUCAUAGAUGACAUGUGAAAGUACUAGAACAAACGUAAGCAAUUGAUGUGAUAAAGGAUAAACAUCUCAAAAUAUCCUGCAGGGACAGGCAGUAUGGUGGAGUUAGAUAUUAGUCAUUCCUCAAAUGUAAUGCGUAAAACUAUUUAGUCUGUUUGUUACACACAUUUUUGUUCCCUGAUUUUAGUGUUGUGGGGGGGGGGGGGGGGGGGAAUAAGCUGAUUUGCUUGUCUGUUGACCUCAUAUCGAAGUUCUGGCAGCAUUUUAUAAAGGUGCAGAUCCCACAAAUGCAUGCUCCUUUCAAAUAUAUGUAUGAUUUAUUACUAGGAGGCCAAUGUUUACAUUUGCCAAAUAAUAGUUUUAGUGAAUGAUGUCAUGUGUGGAAGCAUGAUUAAUAUUUAAUGACAGUCAUAUGUGCAACAACCUCUCUCACAUUUGUCUCUUUACUAAUUCUGAGCCCUUCUGACGACACGAGUCAUCAUCAGCUGACUGUGUACAACCAUUGCUGCAGUACUCAAUAUAAUGUGCUAUAUAAUAUCCAUCUAGUUAAGUGAGCAUGAGAGGCUUUUUGUCUCAACUGAAUUAGCUCAUCAAUUAAAUGUCUACAUAAUAGAGAGAGAAAAAACAUUGCAUAAAGCGAAAAGUAGGGGUUCACAUUAUAUAUUUACAUGGCUAUAAUACAAGUGUAACAACACAUUAUACGUACGUAGUCCAGCAAGUGAUACAAAUUACCCUUGUGACUCUUUUUCUCCGAUUGUUUAUAAUCACGUCUGUAACUCAUAUUUUAGCACCAUUUAUACUAAAUUUUAAGGUUAUUAGGGGAAGGGACCACAAAGAUACAGUGCCUUGCAAAAGUAUUCACACCCUUGGCUUUUUUUCUUACCCAUUUUCUUGACUGUACGUACUUCUCAUUCACUUCAAAACUUUGACUAUUUUGAGAAGAUCCAUCAAAUAAAAUUCAGAUAAAGAAAUCGCUUAAAUCAGAGGUUAAUUGCAAUGUAACAAAAUAGGUUAAAAAAAAAAUAUAUAUAUUAAAUUUAAAAAGCCAAGGGGGUGAAGGCAUUUUCAAGGCAUGAUAUAGAUAAAAUUACUUCAAAUUGACAGCUAAGGGCAGAAGCCAUGUCAUGAAUAGUAUUACUAUUAAAGGCAAAACAAUUUAUUAGAAAAAUGGCGAUUGACCACUAUGUUUUCUUACAGUAAAUUCUUAAAACUGCCACAGCAGCUGGAGCUCAUACUGCCAGUCCACGAGUCUCAUGUCUGCCCAAAUAUUACACUGAUACAUUUGAAAUAAAUAUGUAUUGCACUUAUCACUGUCACAACUACUAGCGAUUUGUAACACUUCAUCUUAGACCACACUGCCAAGUCUGCUCCCACAUUCCACUCAAACCCAAAGAUCAAACCUCGGAUUGAUGCACUUCAACAGGAAUCUUAACAAUUAGAAUAGAGGACGAAAUUAAAGCAUUACAGCAUGCCCUUACAUUACAGCAAACCUAAAUGUUUUCCAAUGCAAUCAAGCUAUCAAAGACUGCUCAUGUUAUAUAUAAACACAAAAUACCAUUCUAAAGUAUUGCAGCAAUUGUUUGUAUUUUACUUCCAAAUCUACUGUGUAAUUGUUUAUUUGUCUUCGCUGACACAUGCAACCCCAAAUUUCCUAGAUUAAAGUUCCUCUGAAUGUCAAUCUCUUUGUCUCUCUGUAAUCAUGCUGCUCAUGCUCACCUCAUGACUAUGUACUUAGAACUUGACUUGUUAAGGUAAUAUAAUUAUGUAAAUAAAAUCAUUCUAAUUGCCGGGAA